AUGCGAGAUAACUGUAUAAAAUACAAACGGAAUAUUUCCAGAAAAUUAACUUGUUCAAUUAAGUCCCUUUGUGAGGCUGAAAUUGGUUCUAGAAUAAACGCAUUGAAGAUAUAUGUUUUGAAACUAUCCCUAAGAAAUGCAAUUGCUAAACACGAAAUAGAAGGAAUAACUAACUUGCUAAAAAUAAUGGAUAAAAAGAUUCGUAUCAUUAAAUCUAUCAAAGGUCUUACUUAUCAAUUAAAAAACUUCCUCCAAUACGUAAUUAACGAUGAAGGUGCUAUUCAAAAUACUGAAAAACAAGAUUUAAUUUCUCUUUAUAACUGGCUUAAUAAAUCAACAUUAUUUAGCUAG